AUGUUAAACAUUUGUUGUCUAUAUUUCCCUAAAAUUAAUAUCAUAACUUACUUUGUACUUGUAUCACUUGGUGGUGUUUUAAUGUUAGCAUUAAUGGCUAUCCUCUUAUCAAAAGGACUGUCAGCAAAUCUCGGUAAUCUUGUUCAUCCAAAAGAAGAAAUUAUCAAAACGUUAUGGAUCAAUGCUAUAAUAUACUUCAUUCUUUGUAUUUUGUUCUCCAUUCUAUUCUUUUACCGCUUUAUGCGUCCAGCUUCAGUUGAUCAGAAACAAGUUGAAGAUGACAACGCUGAAAUUCGCAGUCUCAGAGAAACGCAUACCGCUCAAGAGUAA